AUGCCUCAUAGAACCUCCGACGGCAUGACACCUUUGACUGAGGCCAGAUUGACCCAACACAAUCAUCUAAUUGAAAAUGUACGCACUGGAUUAUUUGUCAAUUCCCAUACUUACACAGAUUACCAGAGAAUCCCAACCAACAAUUCCCACGCCGCAAAAGUCAUAGAACAAGAGAGAACCCACCAAACCAUCGUCGAACACGGUCAAAGAGCAGGGUACGAUUUAGACCUCAACGAAAAGUCUAUCCCUGAUGGAGAUGUGGUGACGAAAAUGCACACAACCACCAUUACAUCUUGCCCCCUCGAGCUCUUCAACAUUCCCUGUCAAGCCACAUACGAAAGCCCCCUCGAAAGAUUCCUCACGCCAGAUGGCUGCAGUGAUCCUACCUAUUUCGCCCGUCCGACCUUGAAACAGCAAUUCGGAGACAUGAACAGCACGGCAACCCGGAGGCGCCAGGCAGAAAGAGAGAUGGAGAUAAUCGGACGCGUGGGAGAGGCGAACAAAGGGAGUACGCAUGGGUGA